UUGCAUGGUAUUAUCGUAUUUUAUCAAUUACUUGUUAAUGGAAAUGCAAAACAACCAUGUUUUCAUAAACAUUCUCAGCUGACUGGCUGUCUAUCCGCGUGUGUUAUUGUUAUCAGUGGCAUGUUUAUUCGCGCUCGCUGCGGACUCCCGCAUCGCACGACCGCGAUCGCGACGUCAUGACCAGUGUUUGAACUGAAUUCAAAGCGAUUUCAGGGCACAUAAAUUGCGAAACCAGAGGUAGCCUCACUUGUAGACGCACUGUUUACUCACAAGCAAGUCGUCACAAACUGCGCCUGCUUUCCAUUAGUGUUAAAUUUAAGACCACAAUGUCAAGUAUUAAAAUAAGUUUCGCGAUAUUAUUUAUUUACGGUAUCCUCGCUCAGAAUUCUUUGGGUUUAUCGCCGGUUGUCUUAAUACCUGGGGACGGCGGCAGCCAGUUAGAAGCGAAGUUAAAUAGGAGCUCAGUAGUUCAUUACAUAUGUGCCAAGACAUCAGUGGAUUAUUUCAAUAUUUGGCUUAAUUUGGAGUUGCUUGUGCCAUUUGUGAUAGACUGUUGGGUGGACAACUUGAAGUUGGAGUACGACAAUGUGACGCGGACCACUCGGAGCCCUGCGGGCGUCGACGUGCGCGUCCCGGGCUGGGGCACCCCGGAGCCUGUGGAGUGGCUCGACCCGUCGCAUGACAAGUCUGGGGCGUACUUUAACAGCAUUGCUAAUGCUCUUGUCAAAAUAGGAUAUGUCAGAAAUGUGUCCAUCAGAGGGGCACCGUAUGAUUUUCGAAGAGCACCAAAUGAGAAUGCAGAGUUCUUUGUUAAACUAAAGACCCUAGUGGAAGAUACGUACAACAUCAACAACAAGACAUCUGUGACGCUGCUGGUGCACAGCAUGGGCGGGUCCAUGGCGCUGCACUUCCUGCGACUGCAGACGCAGGCCUGGAAGGACCAGUACAUCCGCCGUCUGCUGUCGCUCUCCACACCCUGGGGAGGAGCGGUCAAGGCACUUAAAACAUUUGCCAUUGGCGACGACCUGGGGUCGCGCGUGCUGCGCGAGAGCGUGCUGCGCGCGCAGCAGAUCACGUGCCCGUCGCUGGCGUGGCUGCUGCCCUCGCCGCUGUUCUGGAAGCCGCAGGAGGUGCUGGUGCAGACCGACAAGUACAACUACACCAUCACCGACCUGCAGAAACUGUUCACCGAUAUGAACCUGCCGAACGCGUGGGAGAUGCGCAAGGACACGGGCCAAUUGGCGACGGACUUCAGCGCGCCGGGCGUGGAGGUGCACUGCGUGUACGGGUACAACAUCUCCACCGUCGACAGGCUGGUGUACGCGCCGGGCACGUGGCUGGACGGGUACCCGUCGCUGGCGCCGGGCGACGGCGACGGCACCGUGAACCGGCGCUCGCUGGCGGCGUGCGAGCGCUGGGCCAAGCGGCGCCGGCUCGGGCGCACGCUCAACGGCAAGCCCCUCAAGUCGCUGCCGCUGCCCGACGCGGAGCACCUCACCAUCCUGCACGACCCGCGCGUGCUCGACUACAUCACCACCGUUAUGCGACAACCAUAAGUUUAAAAUAUGAAGGCCGACUGCGGCGCUCGCUUAGUGUACCCGCCAUGUUUUUUCGUGCGAUAUUGUAAAAAAGUUGUUUGAAGUGUCGUAUGUGGGAAAUAGAUAUCCCUUAGCCCGGUACGGCGGUAGCUUAACGGGGCCCGCCGAUUAACAGUCCGCCGGACGGUAUCGGCCUGUCAGUUGUUCGGAACUGUCAAAAUUUUGUUCUAACUGACAGGCCGAUACAGUCCGGCGGACCCGUUAAGAGAGCGCCGCGGAAGGUUUCUUAAAAAUCGCAAUUUUCAUUGAGUUAGUAGAAGAGCAUAGGUAAUUUCAAUAUUAAAAUUAUAUUUGUUCUGUGAAACCUCGAUAGAAAACAAAAUUUUAUCGAAUGCAAUAAAGUACCCUACUUAGAAAUAGCUGCACAUCGCCUCAUGAUGUUCCAUGAACGUGCAGAAUAUUGAUUUAAUUAUUAUAAUACGAAUUGAACAGUUCUCUUCCAGUAACUAUUGUUUAGGAAACUUUAAUUAAUAAUAAGAAAAACAAAUUAUAUUAGUCCGGUGGCCGGCUGCAUGAAACAAACCUCAUCAAAAAAUAGAAUAUACCUACCCUGUAGAGGUACCUGACAUUUAGUAGCUUCCAACGCACUUGGUCGGCCUAGGCUUAACCUGGCAGAUUUUGUACAAAUGGCAAAAACGUUGGACAAAAAUUCAUCAAAAAAAACCUCAUCGAAAAAUAGAAUGAAACUUGUAUGGUAGGAUACCUGACCUUGAGGACAGUAAAA